UACUAUAAAUAUUCAACUACUCUUAUCUUAUACCCACCAUUCCCUUUUGCCUCUCGUGCCAAGAUCUCAACCCACCCGAUUCCAGGAAAGUGGUAGCCUAAACCCUCAACCUCAUUCAGAAAUUAAAAACUUUUUUUAAAAAAAAAAACAUAUUUUAGCUAGGUUGUAUAUAUAUAGUGUUACAAGAAGGGGGUUUUGAGAAUAUAGAUUGGGAAAAAGAAUGGGGAAUAGUUUGGGUGGCAAGAAAACAACAAAGGUGAUGAAAAUCGACGGGCAAACGAUGAAGUUCAAGACGCCGGUGUACGCCGGCGAGAUCGUGAAGAAUUAUCCGGGCCACGUUUUGCUCGAUUCCGAGGCGGUGAAGCAUUUCGGGGUCCGGGCGAAGGCGCUGGAGGCGCAGCAGGAGCUGCGGAGCAAGCGGCUGUAUUUCCUGGUGGAGCUGCCGAAGGUGGCGGAGGAGAGGGCGGCGCCGGUGCGUCGGGUCCGCUCCGGCUCGAUUCAGAUGAGCGCCAAGGACCGCCUCGAGAGCCUAAUGCUGGCGCGCCGCUCCGCGUCCGACCUGUCGCUGAUGAAGCCGGCUAGCAUUCCCCUCGACAGGACGCCGCCGCCGCCUGCGGCGGAGAACGGCGGCGGCGUGCGGGUGAAGUUGCGGCUGCCCAAGGCGGAGGUGGAGAAGCUGAUGAUGCAGAGUAAGGACGAGGGUGAGGCCGCCGAGAAGCUAAUGCAACUUUGCAUUGCUAAUAAUGGAAACGCCGCCGCCGCCGCAGGCGGCGGCGGCGGCUUUGCUACCAAAACAGAUCAGAUUCAUCCUCAACCUCGCUGCGAUCAAGGGAUAAUCAAGAAAAGUUCCAAAUCACGCGAGAAGCGGGUAGGAUUCUUGCCAGUAAGCGAAGCAGAGAUCCGCCAUUUAGCCGUUGCAUCUUGACGACAAUUAAGUGGAUUAUCAUACAUUAAUUAAUUAUAUUAAUAUUUAGUACUCUAAUGUUUCCUCUCCGAAUUCCCUGACCAGAGUAUACUCUCAGCUACUAUGAUGUUUUGUCCAUUCAUCAAUCUAGCUUGUAUGUAAAAAUUAUGAAACUCUGCUGAGAAUGGGAUUCUAUUUUCCAGGUGAAUUAUGAGAGAGAGAAAAAGAGAGUUUUGGAAUUUAACUAUUUCUUAAUACACUUCUAUACGUCACAACUUUUCUA